AUGGCGACUGUGGCAGCUCCAGGAAAAAGCAAAGGGCCCAUUAUAGAUCCUGCGCUUUGCCGCUGUUGCAGGUCCAUUAAGAAAUGUCGUCUUUUAACGACGGAGUACGAAUGGAUGGGCAAGAAGGAAAUAUAUUCCGAUAUGUUUAUGGAUUGUUUUGGUCUUCUUUUAUCUCACCUGGAUGGCGACAGCAAGGAUUGUUGUGUGUGUGCAACCUGCGUAGUGAGACUGCGUGACGCAUAUGCUUUUAGACAACAGGUGUUGCAAUGUGAAGAUGCAUUCCUCAGCACCAAGAUGCAAUCUAAAGAUGAUGGCACCAGUAAGGUGGAGGUGGAAGUGAAGGCGGAACCUAUGGCCGGUGAUGAAUCUGAUGGAUCAAUGGAUGACAGAGAUGAUAUUCACGAUGAGAAUAUGACAGAACUUUUAGACACAAAAGACGUCAAGGAUGAUGUGAAGCUGGAUACAGAGCCGGUGUGCGAACGUACUCGCGGCAAACACAAAGUGCACGUCAAAAGAGAGAUCCUUCACAAGAUGAACAAGUUGAGGGCCAAGUUAGAUCACAUGUUGGACAAGCCUGUAAAAACCCCAGUCAAGAAAGAAACACAGAAGCUAAAGAAGAAACAACAAGAAUUAGACCACGACUAUAUGCUGUACAACAAUGCUGUAACAAUUGUCCACAAUUCAUACGUCUGCCCCUUUCAAAACCGCAUCAGUAUAUAUUAUUGCUUCUACUGCAGGGACCAGUUUACCAACCCCAACGAACUAAGAGAACAUACAUUAACCCACGACCCCGUAGAACUCUUCCAAAGUACAAUGGAAAACCGUAAAAUUCCGAAAAUAGACAUCACUAGAAUCGAUUGUCGAUUGUGCAACGACAAAAUCGAUGAUCUCGACACGUUUAAAAAUCACAUCUCUAGCGUGCACUCAAAAGUCGUGUAUCCGGUUUCGAACGAGUUUUUAAAAUUUAAAUUGUCUAUGGAUAAUUUAAUCUGUACAGAGUGCAAUGCCGCGUUCCCGUAUUUCGAUGUUCUGAAAAAACACAUGAUCGAUCAUUUCGGUACUUAUAUUUGCGAUGUCUGCGGAGCUUGUUUCCUCGAAAGAAACUCUCUCAGAACUCACAUUAAAUCUCACAGUAAAGUCGAAGAGAGUUUCCCUUGCGAAAUUUGCGGUAAAAACUUAAAAUCUAAAUAUAGUAGGUACUUGCAUGUCGCUACGGUGCACGAAAAGAAACCGACGGUAAAUUGCUACAAAUGUGAAGCUAGUUUUUUGUCUUACGCGUUAAGAAACCGCCAUUUAAUAGAGGUUCACGGAGACAAAAGGACUUUUGCUUGUAAAUUGUGUGACAAGGUAUAUAAUAGACGGAAAACUUUAAUGGAACACAACAGAAGGAACCAUCUGAAGGUGUAUAGGCAUCAAUGCGAUUUGUGUGACCAGAGGUUCUAUUUACCGUCGCGUUUGAAGGAGCACAUGGCGACCCACACGGGCGAGAGGAACUUCCGGUGUGAGUUUUGUGAUAAGAGUUAUCCAAGAUUACAGUCGCUGCAAGAACACAUCCGGUCCCACAGCAACGAAAGACGGUACAAAUGUGACGUGUGCAGUUCGACGUUUACACAAAAUGGAAGUUUAAAAAAUCAUAUGAAAUCCCACCACGGAGCGUAUGAUGUAGAUAAUAAUUAUAAUUAA